CACGUUGUACUUCAUUGCAGUCAUGUUCAGGUUUUUGGUGUUGACAAGCCUCGCAGCCAUCGUGCUGGCUGAGCAUGAGCUCAGGUUCGUUGGGGACAGCGUUGGAAGGGUUGUUGGAGGAUCAGUGGCCAGCCCCAACUCCUGGCCCUGGCAGAUCUCCCUUCAGUACAAAUCUGGCAGUAGCUACUACCACACAUGCGGAGGAACCCUGAUUGAGAAAGGCUGGGUGAUGACCGCUGCUCACUGUGUGGACAGCUCCAGGACGUGGCGUGUGGUUAUUGGCGAACACGAUCUCAACAGCAACAGCGGCACAGAGCAGGUCAAGUCCGUCAGCCAGGUUUAUAUCCACGCCAACUGGAACCGUAACAGUGUGUCUAACGGGUAUGACAUUGCCCUGCUGAAACUGUCCUCUGAUGCCACUCUGAACUCUUACGUCCAGCUGGGAUCUCUGCCUCCCUCUGGCCAGAUUCUGCCCAACAACAACAACUGCUAUAUCACCGGAUGGGGACGCACCUCCACUGGCGGUCCCCUGUCUGCUCAGCUGAAGCAGGCCUACCUUCCCCUGGUGGACCAUCAGACCUGCAGCAGCUCCAGCUGGUGGGGCAGCACUGUGAAGACCACCAUGGUGUGCGGUGGAGGUGGUGCUGAGGCUGGAUGCAAUGGUGACUCUGGCGGCCCUCUGAACUGCUUGGUCAAUGGAAGAUACUAUGUGCAUGGUAUUGCCAGCUUUGUGUCUGGUAUGGGAUGCAACACCAUCAGGAAGCCCACUGUCUUCACCCGUGUCUCUGCCUACAUUGAAUGGAUGGACUCGGUCAUGGCGUAAGCGCAACAGUCAUCCAUGCUGUAGAACACAAAGACAAGACCAUAUUCCAUCUGCUGUACCCACAUAAGGGUCUGGUCUACAAAAAUAAACUUGAUUCAAUUUUG